GCUGCACCCUCCACGCGGACAAUGAAGACGACUGGCAAAUGCAGGACCCUCCUGUCGGUGACCCUGAACUUCCUGGCCCUGCUUUUCUCCAUCACGGCGUUCAUCACCACGUACUGGUGCGUGGGCACGCAGAGAGUGCCCAAGCCCAAGUGCAGCAAGCUGCGGACGCACCAGUGCAUCGACUACGGAGUCAACGAGACCGACCCCAACAAGGUGGUCUACAGCUGGGAGACCGGGGACGACCGCUUCCUCUUCCGGCAGUUCCACACCGGCAUCUGGUUCUCAUGCGAGGAGAACAUCCACGAUGAAAGCGAGAGAUGCCGGAGCUUCAUCGAUUUAGCUCCAGCGUCAGAGAAAGGAAUCCUGUGGCUGUCGCUGGUGUCGGAGAUGCUGUACAUCGUUCUGCUGGUGGUGGGUUUCAGCCUCAUGUGUCUGGAGCUGGUCCACUCCAGCAACAUCAUCGACGGGCUCAAACUCAACGCCUUCGCUGCCGUCUUCACCGUGCUCUCAGGUCUUCUUGGCAUGGUGGCUCAUGUGAUGUACACGCAGGUCUUCCAGGUCACAGUCAGCCACGGCCCACCUGACUGGAGACCCUACAACUGGGACUACGGCUGGUCUUUCUGCGCUGCCUGGGCGUCCUUCACCUGCUGCAUGGGCGCCUCCGUCACCACGCUCAACUCCUACACCAAGACCGUCAUCGAGUUCAGGCACAAGCGCAAGACCUUCGAGCAGAGCAUCCGGGAGGAGCACGCCCGGGAGGCCUUCGGGUACUUCCAGGAGCGCUCCGUUCACUCCAUCUCCAAGUCUGUGGAGGUUUACACCAGCCAGUCGCUGAAGAGCGGCAGGAAAGCCCCCUUCCCCGCCGACUCCCUGGACUUGAGUGACAUUGCUGCGUCUCUGGGGGAGGAGCAGUGCUGA